AUGUUCCGAGUUUUACACAGCGCUGCUUUCAGACCAGUCUGCUCCCAGAGGCUGCUGAAGGACGCGCGGAGACUGCACAGCACUUACGAUGUGGCCAUAGUGGGAGGUGGCAUCGUGGGUUUGGCCACUGCCCGAGAACUGAUCCUCAGACACCCCAACCUAAACUUCAUCCUGGUGGAGAAGGAGAAGGAACUAUCCGUCCACCAGAGCGGCCACAACAGCGGAGUGAUCCACAGCGGCAUCUACUACACCCCUGGAUCUCUCAAAGCUCGCCUCUGCGUCCGAGGAGCCACUUUAGCGUACGAAUACUGCGACAAGAAGAACCUCCCGUACAACAAGUGCGGAAAGCUAAUCGUGGCAGUGGAGCAGGAGGAGAUUCCCCGGUUAAAAGCUUUAUAUGAACGAGGUCAGAAGAACAACGUCCGCGAUCUGAGUUUAGUCGACGCUAAAGGAAUCCGGGAACGAGAGCCUUUCUGCAGAGGCAUCAUGGCGCUGGACUCGCCGUACACUGGCAUCGUGGACUGGAGGAUGGUGGCACUGCGAUACGGCCAGGACUUCGAGGAGGCGGGAGGUCGAGUCGUCACAGAGUUUGAGGUUAACGACAUCUCAACGGCAACGGAGAGUCCGCAGGGAACCGCCGAAGGAAUGGUGCAUCCAAUUGUAAUUAGAGACACAAAGGGGGAGGAGGUGCGCUCGCGGUUCGUCCUCACCUGCGGAGGUCUGUAUUCGGACCGUUUGUCUCAGAUCUCCGGCUGCAGCAGAGAACCAAGGAUUGUCCCGUUCAGAGGAGACUACCUGGUGCUGAAGCCAGAAAAGCACUACCUGGUCAAAGGAAACAUCUACCCUGUCCCUGAUCCACGGUUCCCGUUCCUGGGAGUCCACUUCACUCCCCGCAUGGACGGCAGCGUGUGGCUCGGACCAAACGCGGUUCUAGCUUUUAAACGAGAGGGAUACAAACUGCUCGACUUCAACGCACGAGACAUGGUGGACGCCUUGUCGUUCAGGGGGCUGCAGAAACUGGUCUUGAAGAACAUCACUUAUGGUUUGGGAGAAAUGUACAGAGGCUUCAACAUGGCUGCACAAGUGAAACUGCUGCAGAAAUACAUCCCUGAGAUGUCUGUCAGCGACGUGCUCAGGGGUCCCUCUGGGGUCCGCGCUCAGGCCCUGGACCGUGGGGGGAACCUGGUGGAUGACUUUGUGUUUGACGGAGGAGUCGGGGACGUGGGGAGCCGAGUCCUGCACGUGAGAAAUGCCCCGUCGCCCGCGGCAACCUCCUCUCUCUCCAUAGCGGAAAUGGUCGCCGACGAGGUGGAGAAGAGAUUCGAGCUGUAA